CUGGGGAACCAGCUAGUGAUCAAGUCAGGCGUAGAACCGCAUUAUGAAGAGCCUGACGCUAUUGGCUUUCUUGUUUUUGGCCUUUGUGGCCUUUGUGCAAGCUGGCAAGGUGAACAUCAAUGGAAAAUGCAUCGAUUGCACCCAUGAUCGUCCCACCACCACCACCCGCAAGACACCCACAGCUAGCAGGGGUCGCAGCCCCCAAACUACAAAGAAACCCAAGGCCUCCGGUCGGAAAGCGCCAUCCUCCUCCGAGGAAGAUGGUGUCUGGGAUCUGGCUCAGACCUCUGGAGGAGCCCAGACCAUUGCAAGGCGGCACAGGCGCCAGGGGGGCCAGUACAUUGAUUUGGGCCGUGGAGGCGGUGGCUGGUCAGGCAAUGGACAGGUGACCACCUACGAUUCCCGCGGCUAUCCUGGAACCCUGGUGAGGAACAGCGACUGCGUGGUAUGCAAUAUUCGAGGAUAAAUACUAUAAUUAUAA